AGCAGAUUAUUUUUUUUUUGGCGCGGCUGCAGCUUUCCCCGCUUCUUUGCAAACAUCAUUGCAUUUAGAGAUCGCGGGCUCUUUUCUCGUGCCAAUAAAUUCUCUUCGGCCCUUUGAAGUUUGCAUUGAUAAGAUUGGAACGGACCGAUUGCAAUUUUUUGUUCGUUUAAGUUUUGCUUUUUUGUAAAAAAAAAAAAAAAGGCGCCAACCUUUGGAUCUGGCAAGAGGAUCUGGGGCGAAAGAGGAGAAAGAAGGAUCCGUUUGGCCCAAGACACCGCCACGAUGUGGAUCCAAGUGCGCACCAUGGAUGGAAAAGAGACGCAUCGGGUGGACUCUCUUUCCAAGCUGACGAAAGUGGAAGAGCUCCGGCAGAGAAUCCAUGAAGUUUUCAGGGUGGCACCUGAUAGACAAAGGCUUUUCUAUCGAGGCAAACAGAUGGAAGAUGGCCACUCCCUCUUUGACUACAGCGUGAAUCUGAACGACAUCGUCCAGCUGUUAGUGAGGCAAAGCCCCACUCUCCUGCCCCUGGGGAACAAGGAGAAAGACUCUGAACUUUCGGACACGGACUCUGGAUGCUGCUCAGGCCAGAGCGAAUCGGACAAAAGCUCCAAUAACGGGGAAGGGGCCGUGGAGAUGGAGGCCCAGUGCAGUAGCGCCGUCGGGACCGACUUGGUGGAUCCCGGCUUUGGAUUUUAUAAGAUUAAUGAGUUGGUAGACGCUCGGGACACAAGCAUGGGAGCCUGGUUUGAAGCGCAAGUUGUGAAUGUGACUCGGAAAGGGAACUCGGCGAGCAAGGCGAGCGAAAGUGACGAAGAAUCCAAUCUGGAAGAAGCCGAUCCCGACGAGGACAUUACGUAUCACGUGAAAUAUGAAGAUUACCCAGAGAACGGCGUCAUCCAGUUGAGCUCCAAAAAUGUCCGCGCUCGCGCCAGGACGGUUUUAAAAUGGGAAGACAUAGAAAUUGGAGACGUCGUCAUGUUGAAUUAUAACCCCGACGAUCCCAAAGAGAGGGGCUUCUGGUACGACGCCGAGAUCCUCCAGAAGCGGGAAACGAGGACCUACAAAGAGUUAUACGCCAAGAUCGUUCUUGGCGACGGUGGAGAUAUCUUGACCGAUUGUCGAAUUGCUCUGGUGGACGAGAUUUAUAAGAUCGAAGAACCGGGCUGUGCUGUUCCUUUGACUGCAGAAAGUCCCCUAAAAAGGCAGAGCGGUCCCGUGUGCAAGCACUGCAAAGACAACCCGAACAAAACCUGCCGGAUGUGCGCCUGCCACAUAUGCGGCGGGAAGCAACAUCCCGAAAAACAGCUGAUGUGUGAUGAGUGUGACAUGGCUUUUCACAUUUAUUGUCUUAGCCCCCCUCUUAGCAGGAUACCCGACGACGAGGAUUGGUAUUGUCCCGAAUGCCGAAAUGAUGCGAGUGAGGUGGUUUUGGCUGGUGAGAAGCUGAAAGAAAGCAAAAAGAAAUCUAAGAUGGCGUCUGCUAACUCGUCUUCUCAGCGGGACUGGGGCAAGGGCAUGGCGUGUGUGGGACGCACGAGGGAAUGUACCAUUGUGCCAUCCAACCAUUAUGGGCCCAUCCCUGGAGUUCCAGUGGGAACCAUGUGGAAAUUCAGAGUCCAGGUGAGCGAGUCGGGGGUCCACCGGCCUCACGUGGCAGGGAUUCAUGGCAGGAGCAACGAUGGCGCCUAUUCUUUGGUCCUGGCGGGCGGAUACGAAGACGAUGUAGAUCAUGGAAAUUCUUUCACUUACACGGGGAGUGGAGGCCGUGACCUUUCGGGAAACAAACGGACAGCUGAACAGUCUUGCGAUCAAAAACUUACAAAAAUGAACAGAGCUCUGGCCCUGAACUGCAGCGCACCGAUUAACGAUAAAGAGGGUGCCGAAGCCAAGGACUGGCGAGCCGGGAAACCUGUUCGGGUGGUACGGAAUGUGAAGGGAGGCCGAUACAGCAAAUACGCCCCCACAGAUGGAAAUCGCUACGAUGGGAUCUAUAAGGUAGUUAAAUAUUGGCCCGAAACGGGGAAAUCUGGUUUUUUGGUCUGGCGUUACAUGCUCAGGAGAGACGACGAAGAGCCAGCCCCUUGGACCCGAGAAGGCAAAGAGAGGAUGAAGAAGCUUGGUCUGACAAUGCAGUAUCCCGAAGGGUACCUGGAAGCCGUGGCAAACAAAGAUAAAGAGAACAGCAAGAAAAUAGAAGAAGAAACCCCAGGGCAAGGGAAGAGAAAAAGGAAAUCUGGAAACGAUUCGGACCUCUGCGUCUCUCCUGCUGCCACCCCAAAGAAGACUAAAGUCGAAGUCUACAAACUCACUCCCCAGCAGAAGGCUCUUAUCAAAGACGAUGAAGCCAACAUCAAGUUGUGGAAUGAAGCACUAGAAGCCCUGAAGGAGGGACCGAAAUUCCUGAACAAAGUGGAGGAAACCUUUCUGUGCAUUUGCUGUCAAGAGGUGGUUUUCCGACCGAUCACCACGGUGUGCCAGCACAACGUAUGCAAGGACUGCCUGGAUCGAUCUUUUCGAGCAAAAGUGUACAGCUGCCCAGCCUGCCGCUAUGAUCUCGGCACAAACUAUACGAUGGAAGUCAAUCAACCACUGCAGGAUCUUCUAAAUCAGCUCUUCCCAGGUUACGGCAGCGGGCGGUGAUUCCGUAAAGCACUUCUCAUUUCCGUUUUUUUUUUUUUUAAGUUUUGUUCUGUUUUUGUCUUGCCCCUUCGGGAAAAAAACAACAACAAAAAACCUUGUGUGAUUUUGGUGGGGUUUUAUUUAAAUAAAUAACCUUUUGGAACAACUUCUGUCUCCGUUCCCCCUUCCCCAAGCCCCUGAAAGCUAAAAUAGAGGAACUUGCUUAUAUAAAUAUAUAUAUAAAAUUAUUAUUUUGGUAGCAUUUUCAUUGUCGGUUAGCAUAUAAACGGAUCGGAGCAUAGGUUGAAGGGAACCUUUGCUUGUCACAAAUCUGCGAUUAAAUUGGGGCAAAGCAUUCUCGUGAAACAAAUCUUGUGUGUAGCUCGAUUGCUAGAACAAUCUUCUGAAGCAUUGGAUGCAGGGCCAUGAAUCUGAAGUGUUUUAAUUGGUUUUAAGGCAGCGUUUUUGGUGCUUGUGUGUGUGUAACGCGGCUUGGGCUUCAGCAUUUUCCCUCGAUUGCGUUGAGACUCCCAUUCUAUUUGCGUGUAUUUUUUUUUUAAAACAAGUUCUUCCUUAUCAACUGUUUGUCUUAAGAGCCUUUAUGCAAAAUGGAUACCUCUACCUUUAUAUCCGCCAGCCGGUUGCUGCUUUCUAUUUUUGUGGUGUCUUAUGGGAACAUAUAAAAAGCCAUUUAAAAGGACAAUUUAAUGGUCCUCUUUUGCUGGUCAGACUGAUCUCUGAACCCUUAAAAAAAAAAUAGACCGAACUGCCAAGCUGCCAGAGAAAAAGUUUUGUUCUUGGAAUUAUCGACUGUAAUAUUAUCAUUCUGUAUCACUAGUUUUAGAUAAUCAUCUUGCAGUCCGCAUGCAUGUUUCUUUUCCUCCUAAUUCUGAAUCUUCUCUACUUUUGCUUAGGAUGGGAAACUAGAUAUGUAACUAGUUUUUGAAGGGAAAAUCUUGACUUAUAUAUUCAAUGGUCAGUUGUUUCUCACCUCAACGGUCACAAUACUCUACAGUGAAUACCUCAGCAUAAGAAAAUAAGUAAACCAAGGUUGCUUAAUAAAUCACUCUUCACGUUGAACAGACUGGAACAAAUGUACUUGUUUUGUUUUGGGGUUUUUUUUUGCAUUUUUAUAAGUAUAUAAUAAUGUUCGGAAGAAAGCAACUUGUUUUUUACCUUUCUGAAUUAUGCUAAUUUUGUACAAACAGAAGUUCUCAAAAUAAAAUACAUUUCAUA